CUCAACGGGAAUGCGGCGGGUUAAUCACCGGUCAAAGCCCCGAGUGCGCUGUUUCAAGACCGUCCCCUCCAGAAAACUUGGUGUCCACAGUCUCCCGGCGCGCAAGCGUCGGCCCGGACUUGGAAUAAUCUGCCCUUGUCAGGCCAGGGAAGCAAUUCUGCAACCUGCAGGGCUCGCCGAGUUAGUCUUCGGAGACCAGGACGUGUCGUCAGACGCGCUGGGGCUCGGGCCUGCCGCAAACUUUUGCUGGGUUUUUGGAGCUUUUUUUCUUUUGCCUUGGUUGUAG